UCUUUGUAAUUUAUUCUUUGUAAUUUCCACCUUUAGCGUUUACUCUGCCUGUUGAGUUCAUCGCUGGUAGCAAAAGCGGAACUUUGUCCUUGCUUCAGGAUUUGAGCGGAGUGUAGACGGUGUAACACGCUGUCUAAGCAACAGCAGUGGAGACGAGUGCUUUUUGAUGAAACUUCAAGUGUUUGCAAUUUUAUGAAGAACAGCCUUUUAAUUAAUUGAUAGCAACUCGAAGGAAGUCCGGUUGUUUCUGUUGUCAUUGUGAUUCAGCAGGUCAGAUAAACCUUGUGCACCUAAAACAUAAUUUCUGGCAUGAUGUUGGAUGAGGAUGAUGAUUGCCCAGAGUUGGUGCCCAUCGACACACAGCCUGGUCCUCCCGUAGGGCAAAUACCGGUCACUAUCAUCACAGGCUAUCUUGGUGCUGGAAAAACUACACUCCUGAACUAUAUCCUUACAGAACAACACAACAAGCGGAUUGCUGUCAUACUAAAUGAAUUUGGAGAAGGCAGUGCCCUUGAGAAGUCCCUUGCAGUGAGUCAGGCAGGAGAGCUAUACGAGGAGUGGCUAGAACUGAGGAACGGCUGCCUCUGCUGCUCUGUCAAGGACAAUGGUCUCAAAGCCAUUGAAAACCUGAUGGAGAAGAAAGGAAAGUUUGACUACAUCUUGUUAGAAACCACUGGACUUGCUGAUCCAGGAGCUGUGGCCUCCAUGUUCUGGGUUGAUGCAGAGCUUGGCAGUGACAUCUAUCUGGACGGCAUCGUCACUGUCAUUGAUGCCAAGUAUGGACUGCAGCAACUAGCAGAGGAAAAAGCAGAUGGACUUGUCAAUGAAGCAGCCAGACAAAUUGCUGUUGCUGACUUGACCAUUAUCAACAAAACAGACUUGGUGACGGAGGAGGAACUAAAGGAAGUCAAAGACACUGUCAGGUCUAUAAAUGGGCUCGUCAAGAUCAUAGAAACCCAAAGAUCAAGGGUUGAUCUCUCUGAAGUGUUGGAUCUGCAUUCCUUCGACAGUAAGGACGGAGCAAAUCUUGCAGAGAAACUCCAACUUGUCAAACCUACAAGAGCACAUCUUGACAAGAGUAUUUUAACUGUGACCUUUGAAAUUGCUGGGGAUUUGUCUGAGGACGCCUUGAACGCCUUCAUCCAGGAUCUGCUGUGGGAAAAGAUUUUCUGUAACAAAGACGGGCAGCCGAUGAGCGUCAUCCGCUUAAAGGGCAUAGUGUCGUUUGCAGAUAAAGGCCACCAAGUGAUGCUGCAGGGGGUUCACGAGCUGUACGAGCUGAAUGAGACGCAACAGCUCUGGGAGAACCCGCGAAUAAACCGGCUUGUCUUUAUAGGAAGGAACCUGGACAAGGACAUUCUGCAGGAAAAGUUUGUUUCUACAGUGCUACUCGGCUCAGAGAAAAAUUAGCUUCAAGCCCUUUUUUCCUCUUCUUCGCUUCAGAUUUUGACUCUGGAGCAAAAGCGUUGGGACUGGCUGUCCUGCGAUUGUCAUUCAGACUCCUUUUCUAUAUGAAGAUUUGGUAGAUCAGAGGGUGGAUAAAGUGUUUAGGCACUAGUGUCCAUCACAGCCUGCUUUAAAAGCUACGUUUAGAAGGAGUUGUAGAUUCUGACCCUGAAAAUUUACCCAAAACAAGUCCAGUGAUUUAAUUAAUCCAUUGCAUUUUUAGAAAGUUUUAUUUAAUAAAAUAAACAUAUUUACAAAGUUAGGAGCCAACCCAGCAAUGCACAUGCUCUGCUACUUGGGGAAUGGAUGGUACUUGAAGUGGUCCUACCUAUGUUUCCCACUUUGAAUAUGUGGAUUUUAAAUUAUUCAAAAUAAACGUUUGUUUUUCUUCUGAA